AUGCCCGCGAUGGAGCCGGCCAGCCUGCUGCGGUUCCUGCGGAAGCUCAAGGAGGUUUUCGACGUGUGCGACGAGGAUGCGGACGGGUUCAUCCGCGUGGAGCACUUCGUCGCCCUGGGGCUGCAGUUCGGCCAAGGGGAUGAGGUGGAAAAACUGGCAAAGUACUUGGACCCAAAUGAUUUGGGAAGAAUCAAUUUUAAGGACUUCUGUCACGGAGUUUUUGCUAUCAAAGGCUGUGAAGACUUACUGAAAGAUGUCCUGUCUCCUGAAAACUCUGAGCCUCAACACUAUGAGCCACAGUAUGUUGAUUACUAUUACCAGGGGGGUGAACUCCAGGACUGUGCCUACUUGGACAGCGAGGGCGCCUACAGCGAGUCGGAGCUGUUCCCUGAUGAGGACGGGAUGACUCUGGCCCAGCAGGAGGUUCACCAUGAGUCUGACAUGGACAGUGCCAUCGAGAGUGCCCAGAGCUCAGAGGCCUCUGAUGUCUGCCAGGACAAGGACAGUGUCCUGGGGGGCCUCUUCCUGCCCGGGGACAAGUCAAGUCCUCACAACCCUUCUGCAGCAUCUGACCUCUCCACUUACUCUACCGCCUCUCUGAUCAGUAAUGAAGAACAGUUUGAAGAUUAUGGGGAAGGAGAUGAUGUGGAUUUUACUCCCAGUAGCCCAUGCCCUGAUGAUGAGACCAGAACCAACGCCUACUCUGACCUUGGCUCAUCUGUAUCUUCCAGCGCUGGCCAAACCCCCCGAAAAAUGAGGCAUGUUUAUAACAGCGAGUUACUGGAUGUUUACUGCUCACAGUGCUGCAAAAAGAUAAAUCUCCUCAACGAUUUGGAAGCCAGGCUGAAAAACUUGAAAGCAAACAGCCCUAACAGGAAAAUAUCAAGCACAGCUUUUGGAAGACAACUGUUCCACAACAGUAACUUCAGCAGCAGCAAUGGCAGCACGGAAGACUUGUUCAGAGACAGUAUAGACUCCUGUGACAAUGAUAUCACUGAAAAGGUAACGUACCUAGAGAAGAAGGUGACAGAACUGGAGAAUGACAGCCUGACAAAUGGUGACCUGAAGAGCAAACUGAAACAAGAGAACACACAGCUAGUUCACAGAGUUCAUGAACUAGAGGAACUACUGAAAGACCAAGAAACAUCAGCAGAACAGACCUUGGAAGACGAGAUAAAGAGGCAUAGAGAAGCUUACAGCAAGUAUGAAAAAGAGAAAGGCACUGAAAUCGAACUGCUGAAUACAAGGGUUCAGCAACUGGAAGAAGAAAAUGGUGAUUUGAAAAGCACUGUCACACGGCUGAAAUCCCAAACGGAGAGAUUAGAUGAGGAAAGGCAACGCAUGUCAGACAGGUUGGAGGACACGAGUCUGCGACUGAAGGAUGAGAUGGAUUUGUACAAGAGAAUGAUGGACAAGCUGCGGCAGAACAGGCUGGAGUUCAACAAGGAGAGGGAAGCCACACAGGAGCUCAUCGAAGACCUGCGGAAGGAACUGGAGCACCUGCAGCUGUACAAGCUGGAAUGUGAACGCCCUGGGCGUGGGAGAAGCUCCUCAUCCAGCGUGAGCGAGUUCAACGCCAAAACCAGGGAGGUGGAGAUGGAGCAUGAAAUAAAGCGGCUGAAGCAGGAGAAUCAGAAACUUCGUGACCAAAACGAUGACCUUAAUGGACAGAUCCUAAGCCUCAGUCUUUAUGAAGCUAAAAAUCUCUUUGCAACGCAAACAAAAGCCCAGUCACUGGCUGCUGAAAUUGAUUCUGCAUCAAGAGAUGAGCUCAUGGAAGCCCUCAAAGAGCAGGAAGAGAUAAACUACAGAUUGCGACAGUAUAUGGACAAGAUCAUUCUGGCAAUCCUGGACCACAACCCGUCCAUCUUGGAAAUAAAGAAUUGAAGAGAAGAGGAGAAGGAAAAGCAGCAACUGCCUGAUAUUUCUGCACAUGCCACUGGAUCUAAACAACACUCUGAUACUGUAAAUUAAUCUAUAAAUAUAUAUAUACACUACGUGUGAGUGUGGGUGCGCGGGUGUGUUUAUAUGAUGUUUGGUACACUGUUAUUUGUCAUUGAAUUGGCUUGGUUAGACUUUUUCCAUGCACUUUCAAUACCUGUGAUAAGAUGGAUACUGUAUAUUAAUGUAAUAACAAUAUAACUGGAUCAUGCUGUUUUAGAUACUGGACAAAAUGACUCUACCUCUAGUUGUAAAGGUAAAAAAGACAAUGGAAACAUAUGGAUGUGGCCCUAACUUUAGGAGCAAGAAUUUUCUCUUCGUUCUUCCAGGAAUUUGGGUACCACAAACCAAUUGACAUACCCAGGUUCAGUUCCUGACUGGUGCUGACUGUGUAAUUUACUAUUUGAUUAAGUUUUAGUACUUCAACCACGCACGGGGUUAAAAAAAACCAAAUACACAACAAAAAAAACAAACUUUGGGAAAAGACAAGACACAAAGUAAACGGGAAGAAGAGGAAGAUACUGCAAAAUUGUUUGCUAUUUGUGAAAAAAAAAUCACCAUCCACUUGUUUGCCACUGUCAGCACAAAGUGCUUUUGAUGUAAGAUCACUUUGGAGCCUGCUUUGGGGGGCUCUGAGCCAGCUGCUCCUCGGCGUGUGCGCAUGUGUGUUUGUUGUGCCGGGGGGGGGGUCCCUGUAGCAUUGAGGCAAAGAGCUCUUCCAAUCUGUUCCCCUAUUUUCAGGGGUAUAUCACGGGCCAUUAAGAUGAAUUCUGGGAUCCUGCCCCUUCCCCUCACCCUGAGUUCAAAGAUUUCACUGAAGGAACACAUUCCAGUUCUUACCAAAAAAAAAAAUUUGCAUGACAUAUCUUCACUUCAGGGGAGGAGGAGGAGCAGCCCUUGACAUCACGUGCUGAGUUGCUUUUCCAGCCCAUAUAGCUGCACUCCUUUGACAUUUUUUUGGGCAGGCUGUGGAGAGGAUCCACUGGUUGCUGAUACAGCUAUGGAGAGCAGUCUGAUGUGGAGUGGAUUUUACCUAUAGGGCAGGAAAAAGAAGGAGCUUGGUCUUGCAGGAGUUACCAGUCCAGACUGAGCACACACGUGCAUAUCUAAAGCUCUAAACAGGGAACACAUCCUCGCUUAGAUGAGCAGUUGUGCAGGUGCUUAACUUUUAAGUGUGUACUGAGACUGCUCAGAGAAGUCAUUGCGACAGAACAUAAGCUUUAAAGUUGAGUUUGUGCUUAAAUGCUGCCUUAAAUAGGGAUGAUUUCAACAUGUGCCUGUGUUCUCCGGAGCUGGAUCUGUGUACUGUAGGGCUAGGACCUUUUUAAUUAACAAUGUAGCUUAUAUAAGGAGCUUAUGGAAUUGUUUGGGUAGUUGAAUGCUAAAAACAAAUUUUAUUCCAUGCACUUUUUUUAAAGUAAAAGUUUCACACUUUUGAUUCACACCAACUGGCACAGAAAAAUAGGCCUGAGUAUCUGGCUUUCCCCAGUGCAUAGAGAUGUUUCCUCUCUUGAAUACACUCCCCAGAAGAACAUUACAGUAGCAAUGACUGUGCUUUUCUGUGUAUUUCUUGCUGUUGGCAGUCUUGCCCUUAGUAUUCUCUUGAUGUAUCUUGGUGUGUAUAUGUGAUGCAUUUUUCCUGAAUUUGAAUACAUAAAACUGUAUUCAGUUAUGGAUGUAAAUAUAUAUAUAUUUUUCUGCAAUCUCUGUGCUCUUGCCUUCAGUGAUGUGUUACUGGAGUGAUGGGAAGCAGGGGAUGUGCUGGAAUCAGGCUUUCUUGAAGGCAAGAAAAUAAAAACAGUUUGUUUCUGUGUAUCUGCAUUAGGCAGGUGUAAAGUAACUGGAAAGAGAGAAGGGACCAGAGGAAUGACUGUGGGACACAACACCCCACACAAAGGUGUCUGCAGGAGAAAUGGUACAGUGUGGUUUAAACAGUGAUGUCUCAGGGCUUGGUUCCUGAGGCUCUAGGGUAGUCUGGAGGAAGGGAUUUUAAAACCACUCCUUUGCCACCUGGGAAUGGUGUAAAAUGUUCUGUGCUACAUUACAGCAGCUUCUGUUUGUGGAGAAGCGGGUGGAGCACCAUGGAAACCCCACACAGCCACCCUUUUGCUGCUGCUUCUGGAUGUGCCACCCAGAAGGUAGGAGAGGAACAUUUAAGCCACUUGGUGCUACCUGCCUGCAGGACUCCUCACCUGCACUUUAGUGAUGCCAUUUCCCUCUGCCUGGUGCUGUCUGUGGCUUGUGCCAGGGACUUUACUCUCUGUAUAGGCCACAGAGGACUCUUCCACAUGGUCAGGUGGCUGUUGCUCACCUGCUGUGACAAGCAGGGCUGGGUGACCAGCAGCCCUGCUUCUGGAGCUGACUGUGAAGUUACACUGCUGUCCUGCUCUCGUGUGGUGGAUUUAAAUGUGAGUGAAGCUGUUGCAGCUUAGACUGGUGACUGAAUGUUUUUCCCUAAUUACUAAGUAAACUAGACUUGGCUUCAAAAUUUUAAUAAUCUAAAACCCGUUCCCACUAGGGUGGAACAUCAGCAAAUGUUGAGGACUGUUUCACUGAAAGCAGAGCCUGGCUUACUUCACUGAGACCACAGAGCCCAUGGACGCCAACAGAAGACAUGACUGUAGUGGUAGCCAAGUUCCUGUGAAGGUAAUUAUAUGUAAGAGGUGAAUAGUCACUGCUAGUGACAAAUAGGCACUGAAUCUGGCCAAAAUCGUGAAAGGGAUAUUCCCAGCAGUGGAUUUUCUAAAAUCUUGGAGGACUUCUUCCUCAGCUGCGUACCCAAGUGUGUCAGCAUUUAGAAGCUCUUCUUGCUCCACUGUUUGCAUUUGAAGAAUUGUCUUGCCACCAUGUUGGUGGUGUUUGUAGCUUUGUUUUAUUGUGUAAAGGAGUUACCCUUCUGCUCCUGUGGGGCCCUUGGUGUGGUACUGCUGUCUGGUACUGUUGAAAUACGUAUCCAGAGACUUGCUAUGUUUGACAGAUUAUGUGAGUUGGAGGUGGGAGAGGCAUUUCACUGGCAGAUUUUCCUCUAUGGUAUCCACUUCUAAAAAUAAUAAUUAGCAAUUGCAUUCUUAGACUGAGUAACUGCAGACAUUAGACCAAUCUGUCUUGCAGUUCAAGCCCUGGAAAGCCCUUCUAUCCCAGAAAAGAAGUCAUCACAUUUUAUGACAAGCAGGUAACUUGGUAAUAAGGGAUCACUUGAUGGGUGACUGGGGCAGGGAGGAAUCUGAUGCUGAAGGUGCAGAGAGUGCACACUUUCAUCAGGUGUCAGACACUUUGGCAGAACAGACGGGAGACGUGGUGAUAGGGAGGCACCAGUUUGGGUGUCUGUUCUCUGAUAAGUUUUACUUCUUUGCUGUGCUGCCUUUGUGCUCUCAGGAGAGCUGGGGAAGUACAGCCUGCCUCUGUCAGUGUUACUCUUGCUGGAACAAGGGCCUCACUUCCCUGGGUAAAUAAGUUCAAACACAGAAAUGUAGUAUCACCCUGUUCUAGCAAUGCACAAAUGCAGCAAACAUUCCUGUGUCAGACCCCUGCUUCUCACUUAACCCUUGGGGACACAAACACAAUCCCAGGUUCUGUAUCUUGAUCUGUUCCUUAGUUCAUUCAACCUUAGACUCUCAAAAGCAAAGUGAUAUUCUGGUCAAACCAGUUGCAAACCACUGCAGGUGUUUCUGUACCAGUGGCUUUUGGCUGAAAGCUGCCCUUGGUCAGGGCAGUCCUACACACAGAAAAAUUACCUCUUUCAAAACUUGCACUUGAGAGUACCUGAAAUUAGUCUCUCAAGAUUUUUCUGGUAUUGGUUGCUCCCCUCCAGACUUCAGUCUUCAGCUGUUGCCUAGUAUUGAUUUCAGAGUGAUGCUGAUUCAAAACUGCUUUGACAUCAAAAGAAGAUUUUUCAGCUUUCUUAAUAACUUCUGUUAAAGACUCAAACUCUUUAAGAAUUUGUCUUAUUUUGAAGUGCAACAGUGACAAACUGUAACUAUCUCAUCUAUUUUUAAGGAAUUUUUAAUAUGCAAAUUUGUAGCAAGUCUCAAAAAAAACCCCAAACCAUCCCAUGCACUUUUGCUGCCAACUUUCCUUUCAUGGUCUUUGGGAGAAGUUCAGAUGUUUCUCAGCCAGCUCUGUAGGGAGUUGAACACAGCAUUAUUAAUUCUCAAAGAUAUGUGUAUCAACAAAUAUUUUGCUGUCUGAGUGCAGCAAUGCUACAUUUACUUUGGUAGAACUGCCUUGCUCUCCAGAGAGGAUCUAGAGCUACAGUGUUUAGGCUCCCUAAUCUGAUUUGUAAAUGAGGGCUUGGAAGCUGAUACAUAAACACACACUUUGGGCUGUUACACCAGGCUCAGCGGUCUCUGCAUCAUAGUGCUGGUGACAUGUGAUGAGUCUAAGAACUAGAAUUUACAAAUAAAAGAACAGGUUUUUUCCUUCUUUGAUGGCAGUGAAUAUACAGUGGUUUUCUCUUAAAACAAAUACUGUAUGGUGUGGUCUGAGGGAUUUUUUCCAAGGAAGGAAGGAAGGAAGUAGCAGCUGAUCAGACACUUGCCAAAUCAGUGGCUUGGCUUAUAUUGAUUUAAGUGAAAACUUGACUCAAACUUUAACUGAGCAGUUCCUGGUGUAAGUAGCAAUGCUCAUAUUCUCGUCAAGUCAUUUGUUUCUCGAGAAACAUUGUCAAGAAGUCAUGACAGGUGAUGUAACACAGCUGCUUCGUUUUAAAGGAUAUAGUUCCACAGUUGCUGACGUUUUUUUCCUUUGCAUCAUCCCCGGGGUUUUUUCCUCAGUAUUUUUGAAUUCAAAGUAUUGAUUCUAGGAGCAGUUUGCUGUUGAAGCAUGUGUGGGUUUCUGUUUAAUGAAACUCUGCAUGCACCUUUAGAUACUGAGAAGGAUUGCAGUAGGUGUUGGGUCUGAAUCCUGUCAUCCUGCAUAAUGCACUGGGAGUUGCUCCCAUCGAUGUGCAAGAGAGUUGUUUCUUUCUGGGAUUCUUCUCUAGUAUUUGUUCUGUUGACAUUUACACCCUCGGUCUUGUCCCCAGCCACUGUGCCCACUGUCAGAGUGGCUGUGUGCCUUGGGGCAGCACUAGGAGCAGAUGGAAGGGACAAAUUCAACAUUCUUGGCUUCAGUAAGGCUUUAGCUACCGAGACAAGAAUUUCAGCCUUGUCUUUAUACCAGGCCAGUCCUGUCCUUUUUUUUGUGUUGUCAUGAAAGCUGGUUGUGUUCCGUGUACAAAACGCUGAAGCUGAUUCUCGCAGUAUGCAAGCAGGUAGGGUAAGUUUGAAGGUGAUCCAGGUGUGGGAUCACUGGGAUGUGCCACAAGUUUUGCCUGGAUUCUGUACAGGUGUCCCAUUGCACUCUGUACUCACAGCCUGUGAGAGGCACAGCCCUGCAGCUCAGCCUGGCAGGCACACCUCGUAGGGGAACAGGGAACGGCAGCAGCCCAUGAAGACACAAACAUCUGCAGCCAGGGCCACGGUACCAGGGUUUGCCACAGUGUGGAGCCAGCUGACAGUGCUACGUGAUGUUCUGGAUACGAUGGGGUUUAGCUCACUGGCUUAAGUCUGGAGGUUUUGUUUCAACUCAAGAGUAGUACCUGUUCAAACAGACAGAGAGGGAUUACUUUUGACUGAAACUUUAAACCUCGUGAAAACAUAACAGUAACAAACAUGGGCUUCUGUGGUGUAAUUUGGACACCUACCCCUCGAAUCCGUAUUGCUGGUUGGUGUGGGUGUUGUUAGUGGUGCAGCUGUGACAUGUGAGCUGUAGCUUUCACACCCCUCUUGUCAGCAGUGACACUGGCCCUGGCAAACCCCUCAGAGCUGCUGUGCCCCAUCGAGGGGCAGGGACUCUCCUGGGAGAGUGUGCAGAGGGUAAGGGGGGCAGGAGGGCUGCAGUUACUCCUCCACACAGGGAUCUUACACUACCCAACACCAGCCCUAUUUUAUAUAAUACCUUAUCUGUACCUAAAUUAUUCUGGCUUUGGAGAAAAGACGCCAGAAGGGGAACUGAGAAUUUCGUGUCUUGUGAACCUGCUACAGGGCAGUAAAUGUUGCACUGAUGUUACAUUUAAAUACUGAAACAUUUUGAGAAUUACUGUAAAAUCGGUUGUGAGAGCCAUUUGUUUUUCUUUGUUGCACAGACUACCCACGUUUUUUGCAUGGUUACGUAUUUUAGUACUUGUGCCUUUUACUUCUCUGUUGUGAGGAUACAUUUUAUUUUUGCAUUUUAUCAUCUGUUUCGGGCACUUUUUAUAUACGCUUCUUUCAUUUGAUCAUCUGGUUUCUUGUACAUGUGUAUAUAUAAACUAGAUCAGAUUUGUAUUCAUGUGCCUCUGAGAUGUAAAAAAUACUCAUUUUGUACAGGUUUUUUUAGAAGCACUAGAUCAUGGUCUAAAUUACGUAGCAAAUGAAAAUUAACAUAAUUAGGAGUUCUUUGUCUUCUUUUAGAAAUGUUGUGUCAGAUGGCUGGUCUCUUUUGUAAGGCAAUGUUUCACACACACACUCGCAGAUUUAUUGUUCUAGUGUCGUUAUGAGACCAAUUCUAUCCACUUGUUGGCUUCAGUUAAUUCAAAAUAAUAAAACACUUAACUAAA